AUGAUUGCGCAGGUGAAAGAUACAAAAUCAAAGAAGGGAGGAUAUGGGUUGAACUACGACGAGCAAGCUAAGCUUGCUGCAGAGGAGUUCGCCAAGAAGAGGACACAAAGGUUGUUGCAGGUGAGGGAGCAGGAGAAGCAGUUUGCCAGAUCGAAUCGCCAGGCGUAUGAGGAGAGGCUGGCGCAGCACCGCAAGAAGCUCUAUCUGGAGCUGCUGCAGAAGUGGGACAAGCAGCACCAGCAGGAGCUGCAAAGCCUGCAAGACGCCCACCAGAGAGCCCUGCAUGCAGCUUCUGCAGCACAGGAAGAAGCCGAGGAGGCAGCGGAGGCAGCACGGCGGGCCGAGGUGGCUGCCGACGCUCGCAGUGCCAUUCAGGCUGACCAGGCAGCCAAGCGCUUUGCUGAGGCCGCGCACCACGCCCGGAUGGAGCGAGACAUUCUGGCGCGGGAGCGUGACAGGCGCGUGGCAUGGCUGCAGCAAGCCAGGAGCGCUGAGAAGGCCAGGGCCAUGGAGCAGGUGGUGAAGCAGCAGGAGGCGCAGAGGCGCGCAGCUGAGGAGGCCCGGGAGCGUCUGCGGCGCAGGGGGCGCGACGCCGAAUACGAUUUUCGCUUCACACGCUUCCACGAGACCGGCCUCGAGCAGCCACCGGCCCCCGACCUGCCUGACGGCGCGCCCUCCGCUGCCGACUCCGCUGAGCUGGCGGCCAGGAAGGCAGCCCGGGAAGAGGAGCGCCAACAAGCUGCCGAGGAGCGCGGCCGGGCAGCGCUGCACAGGCUGCGAAUGGAGCGUGCGGCCAAACAGCUGACUGCGCAGCUGGACUCCGAGUUGCAAUUCAGGCGCUCUGCCGCCGCCUCUGCCACCGCCGCCUCGUCGCCGCUGGCUGCACUCCAGCCUCACAGGGAUCCAGAUGAACGGCGGUGCCAAGUGGCGGCGAACCGAGGCUAUGAGCCUCAACAACUUGGCACCUACCUUGACAUGUCUGUCCCGCAGCCACGGGUGGCGCCAGACUUUUCCGCGCUGCCCCGAGCCACGUGGCUCCAGCCAACACCUUGGCCAGCAGAGGCGCAGAGCCAUCACCAACCCCGGGAACCGGUGGCGCAGACAGCGGUCAGCAGAGUGGGUGAAGGAAUACAAGAGAGGGCGCGCCGUGCAGACAAGACGACGCAGUGCUGCGUGGACAGGCAGACGCAGACGGAGUCGCCCGAGCCACGCAGGCAGCCGGCCUGCAGGGUCCCCCGGCCCCACUCGCUGACUCAGCGCCAACUCAGCGCCCAUUCAGCGCUGCCGGCCGCCGCACACAGUGCCCCUGCAGCCGCCACAGAGCGCUCCCUUGCACCUGCACAGCCAGCAGCGGCAGCGCACUACCAAUUGCGGCAGGAGGCAACACCCCCGCUCAAUGCAGAUCUUGCGCAAUGUGCCGCAGAAGCAGCGGCCGCGAGCGCUCAGCGGGCGAGCGAGGGCUCCAGGUCAGCGCGGCCAAUGAUUGCGCCGGCUGCGCAUAAGACACGCUCGAUACUGGCCUCGCCAAAUUUGCCUGCAGCGACUGGGCAGCAAGGGCACGCUGGCACGCAGAACUCGGCAGACCUCCGCGAGGCGCAGCAGCCGAUGCUGCCGCCGGCAGGUGAUAUGGUGCGCACGCUGCCCGGCGAGCUGUCCGACUCCUGCUGCAGCAGCCGUGCCGGCAGCGAGGCCGGCUUCCCCCUUGACCCACCCCUCCACCACAUUCCUGUCGACAAGGGACUCGCAGGCAACCCUCCCCUUCAGGCGCUGCCGCCCGAGCAUCCACGCACGGCCGCAGUGAAUGGGCCCGGACCUGAUCUGCAAUGGAUGAGGGAUAGCGGGGACAAUGCUGAGUGGGUAGAGGCGCGAGUGGGUCAAGUGCCAGAUCAGGCGCUGGAAAGGGACGGCGCUGCAGAGAGGGGAGCCAGUGCUUUGGCGGACGCGUCCUGUACCAUAUCUGUCGCCGGGAUGGGCGGCGGGACGGGUGAUUUUGGUCGUGUGCCAGCCGACAAGGGUGCAGCCGGCGCGGAAAAAGGCAGUGAUGGACCGCGGCAUGGUAAAGGGCGAGACGAUGAGUCAGCAAGACUCGCGAGGCUAGAGGAUCUGUUGGAGCAGCCACACGGUGCUGACAUCUCUGGGGCGUUCUUGGCGCAAGCCGCAGCAGAGCUGGAGGCGCUCUGCGUAGACUCCCUGGACAACGCCCCUGGAGACCUGCCACCCAGCAAACCGCCCAUGCGCAUGCACCCCCCGCACAAUCAUGCAGCGAGGACCGCAGCACCGAAGGUAUCCAGAAUGUUCCAGCCACCGGGCAGGCCUGCCAAGACAGCCCUGCAGAGGGCUGAGGAGCUGCUGGCCCGGCUGACACAGGACGCUGGCCUGUGGGAAACACCAGCAUGCUCCACUCAGCCACAGAAACCCAGCUCUAAUGAGACAGCCCCUGGUCAUGCGGAGGGAAGCAUGCACUUUGAGAAGGAUGAUGAGCAGAGGCUGAUGCUGGAGUUGGAGGCCAUCUCGAGGCAGUCCGGCUACAUUCUGCCCUGCUGUGACAAAGCGCCAUCCCCGGUGAGCAAGAAGGGAGGAGCCACCAACAGCCUGGAGUUGCUGGCUGAGAGGCUGCAGGACGCCAUCAGCGACACAGUAUCGAUGACAGAGGGGAUGCUAGGCCACCCAAACACCUAUCCCAAUGCCUCUGUCUGCGCGCCUACAAUCAGCACUGCUACCACCCUUCUGGCCACAGACAACGCCUCAGGAUGUGCGCCAGACAAUGUACAGGUCAGCAAAGGCGGUGAUUGGGACCUGCCGGCACCCAGCAGUCUUGCAGGGGCCAGUGGUGUGCCCAAGAAGGGGCACCUGGGCAGCAGAGGCUCUGUGGCAUCCUCCUCUUGCAGCUCGCUGCUGGGUGCAUUGCGCCUGGCAUCCAUCGCUGAAGAGAGGCUGCCCAACAAGAAUCCAGCCUUGGAUGCUGAUGGGGGAGACAUUUUCAGCUGCUCGGAUGAUGACGUGGCAUCGGAUGCAUCGGGCUUGCCGUUUGAUGUACUGUCACUGGUAACAACCGAGCCUGGCAGUCCUUCAGCAGGUGGCAAGGAUAAUGGGUGGCUGUCAGAUAUCGAAUCGUUGGACCCAGAUAAUGAUCAGGAUGAUAUAAAUGCAUGA